AGAAUCAGAAUUGCCUUUUGCUGGCAAUAAGUGCAAAUGUCCAUCAGGUAACAAAGGGCGAAGUGGUCCAAGGUCACCGAAUUCUCCAUGAGCUCGAACUGCCAGGGACGUACUCGAUCAUCAGCAGCUCUGUUUGGUCUUUAAUGCAUGCAGAGAAUUCGACAUCAACUUGCUCGCGGCCAGCGAAGGAAGAAUGUCGUACGAUACUCUUGGGAAGUAAUGAGCAUGGACAUUCAUUCGCACGAUGGCCGGUCAGGCGAACUGGCGACGAUGGAGAAGUGCAGGUACUGCGAACGGAGUGGUUCGAGAUUGGGCAGCCCUUGGGUCGACACGUCACGGAGCCGGGCUUCGAUGUCGUCUUCUCUCAUUCAUUCGCAACAACUGCAGAUCCCUGGCCCUCUAUUCUGUCUACCUGCUGGCGCUGGCAAAUAUGCUGCAGAUCGUGGCAGGUGACCCCCUCCAUCAGUGCUCUCCAAUUACGCUCUCCCCGACGAUCCACUGCAUCGCUUGCGGCUCAGCUCAGCUCAACUCAGCUCCACAUCUCCACACUGUCUGAUUCGAGCAGCAACUUCAGUCCGGUGCACUUGGGGCUCGUCGAUU